AUGAAACUACAGCCGUGGCAGGUCCAUCGCUCACUGUUCAGGCCCAACGUUAAUGAUUACACCUGCAGCGUAGGUUUACAGGCUGGGUUCACGAAGAGCACUGUCCCCCCGCCCCCACCCUCCGUGAUGGACUCCCCCAUCACCUCUGUGGAGUCCUUCCGUUUCCUGGGCACCACCAUCACCCAGGACCUCAAGUGGGAGCCGACCAUCAGCUCCCUCAUCAAGAAGGCCCAGCAGAGGAUGUACUUCCUGCGGCAGCUCAGGAAAGCCAAGCUGCCUGCACAGAUGAUGGUGCAGUUCUACACGGCCAUCAUCGAGUCCAUCCUCACCUCCUCCGUCACAUCCUCCAUCACCUCCUCAUCACCUCCUCCAUCUCCUCCCCAUCACCUCCUCCAGCACCUCCUCCAUCACCUCCUCCAUCACCUCCUCCAUCACCUCCUCAUCACCUCCUCCAUCACCUCCUCCAUCACCUCCUCACCACCUCCUCCAUCACCUCCUCCGUCACCUCCUCCAUCUCCUCCUCAUCACCUCCUCCAUCACCUCCUCCAUCUCCUCCUCAUCACCUCCUCCAUCACCUCCUCCGUCACCUCCUCCAUCACCUCCUCAUCACCUCCUCCAUCACCUCCUCCAUCACCUCCUCCGUCACCUCCUCAUCACCUCCUCUAUUACCUCCUCCAUCACCUCCUCCAUCACUUCCUCCAUCACCUCCUCAUCACCUCCUCUAUUACCUCCUCCAUCACCUCCUCCAUCACCUCCUCCUCACCUCCUCCAUCACCUCCUCCAUCACCUCCUCCAUCACCUCCUCCAUCACCUCCUCCGUCACCUCCUCCAGCACCUCCUCCAUCACCUCCUCCAUCACCUCCUCCAUCACCUCCUCAUCACCUCCUCCAUCACCUCCUCCAUCACCUCCUCACCACCUCCUCCAUCACCUCCUCCGUCACCUCCUCCAUCUCCUCCUCAUCACCUCCUCCAUCACCUCCUCCAUCUCCUCCUCAUCACCUCCUCCAUCACCUCCUCCGUCACCUCCUCCAUCACCUCCUCAUCACCUCCUCCAUCACCUCCUCCAUCACCUCCUCCGUCACCUCCUCAUCACCUCCUCUAUUACCUCCUCCAUCACCUCCUCCAUCACUUCCUCCAUCACCUCCUCAUCACCUCCUCUAUUACCUCCUCCAUCACCUCCUCCAUCACCUCCUCAUCACCUCCUCCAUCACCUCCUCCAUCACCUCCUCCAUCACCUCCUCCAUCACCUCCUCCGUCACCUCCUCCAUCACCUCCUCCAUCACCUCCUCCGUCACCGUGUGGUUCGCUGGAGCCACAGUCAGGGACAAACAGAGACUACAGCGCAUUGUGCGCUCUGCAGAGGAAGUGAUCGGCCGCAGCCUUCCAUCGCUGCAGGACCUGUCUCAUGUAGGUGUGGUCAUCGCCUAG